CUAACCCUACUUUUACAUAUGAGAGGAUAACAUUUUUUUUGUAUUUUGUAGUACAAAAUAAUUUAUCAAAAUGGGAAGAAAAAUUCCUGGACGUAAACAUCGAGGAGUUCGAGAUCCAGAAAAGCAGGCUGCCGUAAGAUUCGAAAGUAUAAAGAAUAAAAUUAAUGCUCCUCCUACAAAUCCUGAUCAUCAAGAAGUUUCAAAAACCCUUCAAAGGAUUAUAGAUUUGAAGAAUAAGACUAAAAGUGGAGAAUUGUUUAAGCGAAACAAACAGCUUAAAGUGGAAGAAAACAACAAUGGAAAUAAUGAAAAGCCCAAAUUCAAAGAAAAAAAUAAUGGAAAUAAAAAAAGUAAAAAACCUUUUGAAAGGAUACCUGAAAAGCCAGUACGAAAAUUUGUGCAACUUCCUGGCGAAAGUGAUAGAGCUUUUGUCCAUCGUAUGAAUAGAAUAUGUACUGAAACAGUGAAAGAAGCUGAAUUUGAGGAUAAAUAUGGUGUUGAUAUUAAAAGGAAUGAAGAUGGAGAGGUGGAAGAAGUAGUAAAAAGGCAAAAAGAUGAGCUAGAAUUAUUGCUUAAAAAAGUGAAGAAAAAGAAACAGAAGGAAGAGAAAGAUGGUAAAAAGAAGAAGAAAAAGAAAAAGGACAAACCAGAAGCUCCAAGAUUAUCAAAAUGGCAAAAGAGAAAAAAGAAGUUAGAUGAAAAGCAGCAAAGAAAAGAACUUGUGAAUGUUGAUGAAUUUAAAGAAUAUAAAGACCAUGUUAAGUUUGGGGAAAUAGCUCAUGCCCCACCUUCUUUAAUAGCACCAAGAAGAGCAGAAAAGCUACAAUCUGCACCUAGACCUGGAAACAAAAAUUUGCUGUUAAAAUCUGUGAUUAACAAAUCACCAGAGGAAGGAACUGUGGAAUUGAAAAAGAAUAGAGAUAGUAUAAACAAGACUAGCAAGGUGAUAGAUAAGAAAGGCAAGCGAAAAGAGCUUCCAAAUUCCUUGAGGAGACAAUUGGAUAUACAGCAGAAGGAAAUUAUAGAAGCCUAUAAAAAAAUUAAGGCCCAAAAAUAUAACAAAUGAACUGUGUAAUAAAUGAUUUCUUGUUUUUAUUAUUAAAUAUUUUAU